AGUUGACAUUGACAGUGGGGACACCUAUUCUGGCAAUUGGAAUUAAUUUGUCAAUAUCAUUUUUUGUGGUGAAAUUCUGUGUUGUAGAAGAAAGUAAUAUUAUUAAAAAAUGUCGUCAAACAUUCAAAAGGCUCAGCAGUUGAUGGCAGAUGCAGAAAAGAAAGUAUCAUCUAGAGGUUUCUUUGGAUCGCUAUUUGGUGGAUCAAGUCGUAUUGAAGAUGCAGUGGAAUGUUACACAAGAGCUGCAAACCUUUUUAAAAUGGCCAAGAGUUGGGAUGCUGCCGGCAAAGCCUUCUGUGAGGCUGCUAAUCUGCAUUCAAGAACUGGUGCUCGUCAUGAUGCUGCCACUAAUUAUAUAGAUGCUGCAAAUUGUUACAAAAAAGCUGAUAUAUUUGAGGCUGUAAACUGCUUCAUAAAAGCUAUAGACAUUUAUACUGAAAUGGGUCGCUUUACAAUGGCUGCAAAACACCAUCAGACUAUUGCAGAAAUGUAUGAGACUGAUGCUGUGGACAUCGAAAGAGCUGUUCAACACUAUGAACAGGCGGCUGAUUACUUCAGAGGAGAAGAAAGCAAUGCUUCCGCCAAUAAGUGUCUUCUUAAAGUGGCUCAAUAUGCAGCCCAACUUGAAAACUAUGAAAAAGCAGUGGGAAUUUAUCAAGAAGUGGCUUAUGCAGCUCUGGAAAGCUCUCUUUUAAAAUACAGUGCAAAGGAAUACUUAUUCAGAGCUGCCCUUUGCCACCUUUGUGUUGAUGUACUCAAUGCACAACAUGCUAUAGAAAGCUAUAUUUCAAGGUAUCCCGCAUUUCAAGAUUCCCGUGAAUACAAACUUUUGAAAACCCUCAUAGAAAGCAUCGAAGAGCAAAACGUAGAUGGAUAUACAGAAGCAGUCAAAGAUUACGAUUCAAUCUCUCGUCUUGAUCAGUGGUAUACUACGAUUCUUUUACGUAUUAAGAAACAAGUAAGCGAAAGCCCUGACUUACGUUAAGACGUAUCUAGCAAUUUCUUAUUAAUAUUUCUUUAAGUGUUAUUUAAGAGACCCAUAGUUUAUUUAUUGUUGGAUUAUUAUUUGAAUAUGCCCGUAUACAUGAAGUUAUUUAACAUAUAACAAUUCAUAUAGCAUUUUUAAAUAUGGAAGCGAUACAUUUAACAUUCAUUUUUUACAUAAAAAAUUAGUAUAGCAUUUUGCAAGUUAUAGUUUUUGAGGAAAAAGUUAUCAAAUGAGCAAAUUCAUUUAAGUUCGAUAGUAUAAUAAGAUUAACGAUAAUUUUAACGAAAUAAUUGUAUAAAUAUUGAAUAAAAAUACGUAAGUAUUGCGCAACUUUCAAUUAAUUUUAUUAUUUGCUCAUAUAGGUUUCAUAUCAUUCAAUUUUUGAAAUUGUUAUUCUUGCUAUUAGAGUAAAAAAAGACUAUUAAUACAGUUGGUACUACAAUUGCUUACUACAUUAGCAGGCAAAUCUUGGUUAACACAACACCAUUAUAUUAUAUCAGACUCUAGAAACAGCUUGUAAAAUUAUAUAUAAUAAGCACUGUUAUAACGAUUUCUUUUAAGUAGUUUCUCAUCAUAACAUCGUUGCAUGCUUUAUUUAGAGUGUACUUAUACUAGGCAGAAUAAUUAUUAUUUUAAUAAAGACUUUUGU